UCGAUGCAUCGAUGUUUUAUCGACAUUCCCACUAUCAGCUGAUUCAUAUUUUCUAAUAGGCUUCAAUUUGACGUUUGUUUUCUCGUGUUUUUUACUACAUACACGGAAUUAGCCAAAAAACGAAUGUUAUUGCGUGAACUUAUCUGAUAUAAAAACGUUUUAUUAAAAAACUCUGUUGCCAUGGAUAGUUUGGGUGAUGAAUGCACGGAGUUAAAGAAACAAUACGACGCCUGCUUCAAUAAUUGGUUUUCAGAGCAUUUUCUAAAGGGCCACCAUGAUGAUUCUCUGUGCGCACCGAUCUUUAAAGUCUAUCAAGAUUGUGUGAAGCGUGCGAUGCGUGAACAAAAGAUUGAGCUACGCGAAAUCGAUUCCGAAAUCAACACCGGCGAGCACAGCCAAGACCAGCAGCAGCAGCAGCAGCAAAAACCUGAUCAUACAAAAAGUUGACCGAUAUUGAAUAGUGAUCUCUCCACUACCACUACAACAUCAGCAGCAUGUGCAUCAUCUGCCAGAGGAUUUCCGCACUGGUUGGAUGGUUAUGAACAUGCUACCAAGAAAGGAUCAUGCAAGCGUGACAAUUCUGUAUCGUAAAAGCUUUUACUAGUUUAUCCUGUACUACAGGACCUGUAGCGAUUAUCCUAUAUGUACAAAAAGCUAGACAUUCUUUAAUUCAAUACGCAGCUGCGCGUAGCUCAGUACACUUAGCUAAAGUUAGUAGAUAAAGAUUUUCGAUUUCUGGUCAAAUAUAUUUGUAUUUAUAGUUUACACUUAAGUAUUAAA